CCCCCCCUGUCUUUAAAAACACAUGGCACGCGCUUCAGGAGGAUGUCACGUUGUGUCGUCAGGUUGUCGAUAGUCGUUGCGUCAGAGGGAACAGUAUUAGAACAAAAUGGAGGAAUAUGCCAGAGAACCAUGCCCCUGGAGGAUUGUGGACGAUUGUGGGGGAGCCUUCACCAUGGGAGCGAUUGGUGGAGGGAUAUUCCAGGCAGUGAAAGGCUUCAGAAAUGCACCCUCAGGAAUGAGCCAUAGAAUGAAAGGUAGCAUGACUGCCAUCAAGACCAGAGCCCCACAGCUUGGAGGGAGCUUUGCAGUAUGGGGAGGCCUCUUCUCCAUGAUUGACUGUGGUUUAGUAAAAGUACGAGGGAAGGAGGAUCCUUGGAACUCGAUCACCAGCGGGGCCAUGACAGGAGCUAUCCUCGCUGCGAGAAAUGGACCAGUAGCCAUGGUAGGCUCUGCAGCCAUGGGAGGUAUCCUGCUGGCGUUGAUAGAGGGCGCUGGUAUCUUGCUCACUAGGUUCGCCUCUUCACAGUUUCCAACUGGGCCUCAGUUCGCAGAGGAACCAGCCCCUGCUUCCAUGCCCUCCCCCUCAUUCGGAGACUACAGACAAUAUCAGUGAGAGAGGAGACUCCACGCUUCUCGUUCACUAGGCCUUUUUUUUUUAAUUCCUUGCUGAAGUUCUAAAGAAGAAAUGGAGAUGUCAAAUGCCACACAUCAAACAAUAACGACUGCACCAAACGUCAUGGACUGAGUCAGAGAAGCAAAGGACAAAAACUACAUCUUCAUUUCCCUUCUUUCAGGAGCCAUGUACAGAUCUGCCUUUUUGCCAUUCUCAGCCUUGUCAUGUGCAGCUGUUUCACCUAACACUAGUUGAAUACAGACCUAUGCUGAGAUUUGUUUGAUGUGUAAGAGUUUGUUGGAAUGAGGUGUGUUUAUAUAAAUAUUUUCUGCUACUGCUUGUAGCCUGAAUAAGAGGGAGUUGAAGACUGACAGUAUCUGAAUAGUGAUGAAUUUAGCAAAAACAUGUCACAUAUGGGACGUCAUGACUUAUAUAUACUUAUAUAUAAGUAUAAAAUACGUGUACAUACAGUAAAGAUUUUUUCAUGUGUCCUCUUAGUCUUUAUUCACCUUGUAUACAUCUCCUGCUUGGGCUGGUCGUUGACAGUGUGCUGGCCUGUUUCUUUUCUUGAUUUUGUUCAGAGUAAUGAAGGCAAACACCAAUCAGAAUCAAUGCUAUUCUUAGGAGAUUAGUCUGUUUUAAAGUGAUUUAUUUAUUUUAGGUUAUAAAUAGUUUGUUCUAUUUUAUGUGACAGUGUUUUUACAUUCAACACACAGAUGGAAUGGACUGUUGAUGGCAUAGGCAGGACGAAUAAAUGGAGAAACUCAAGCAAGGGAUUGAUGCAUACUGUGUUAAAUCUGUUUGACAGAUUGUACUAUGAUUAAAUAAAGAGAUAAAUUGUAAA